UAUGCAAGUGUCCAUCCGACGGUCAGUCUGAAGAUGGCUGCGAAUCGGAUGGGGAGACGUUAUAACAACAAAGUCCACUCACCGAACCGAGGUGCCGGCAGGGAAGGUGGAUUGAGCGUGCAGAAGAGACAAGCGCGUGUCACGGUAAAAUAUAACAGAAAGGAACUUCAGAGGCGCUUAGAUGUGGAAAAGUGGAUAGAUACUGGACUUGACGAGCUGUAUUUGGGAAGGGAAGAGGAGAUGCCGGAGGAAGUGAACAUUGAUGAGCUACUGGAUCUACAGAGUGAUGAAGAGCGGACGCAGAAGCUUAAGGACAUCCUUAAUACCUGUGGUAACAACACGGAAGUCUUCAUCACAGAGCUGGUGAAUAAACUUCAUGGCCUCCAGAAACAAGAGGAUCUCCACAACAAUGGGAUCGAACAUCCCCAGCUUCACAUCUUCCCCGACCGCCAGGGAUCCUCUGACAAUGAGAGACACUGAGCACCCUCCCAAACAAACACACACAUUACUGAUGGCUGGUCAGUCUCCUAUAUCAAUCAUGCUUAAUAUCAGGACAUCAGCAGCACAUGUGUACAAAAAGGGACAUAUUGCAGCCGGUUUGUAAAGAAACAAAACAAAAAAUAAAAACCCUAUAAUUUAUGUGGCAACCAUGCAGAAAUGUAAGCACAGAGUAAAAUACAGAUGACUGUUUGUGUGACUCUUGGUAUUUGACUAUAAAUGCCAGACCACUUCAUGGACCUGAUAUAAGGAAUCAUCCAUAUUUUAAUUUUUGUAAGUAUUGAAGAAUGAGAGUCUUGUAACAGACGUACAUCCCUUACACACUGUGAAAAGUGAAUAUGUGGAUUUGUUAUCUUAAGGAGCUAUUUCUAACUGAUCUUACCUUAAAAAAGACUGUCAGUGGUGUAACCCAAUUUAUUUAGGUUUAUUUAAAAAUAUCAAAUAAUUUAUUUGACACUAUUAAAAUGAGUUUAAUUUAGAACUUACCACAUUUUUACAGUGCUUGCUAUCCCUUUUUAGCAGUUCUUUUUCCUUAGAAGUGUCGAACCAUGAGGACUGACUUCUAUGAUGAAGAAACAGAUUUACCACAUCCGGGCCAAAGAUUGUUGUCACUGUGCUUUUUAGAUUUCAAACCAGUUUUAAUAAUUCCAUUAUGUUAUUUAUAUCUGUAGUUAGAUUUUGUAGAAGUAAAUUAUUUUCAAGAAUUCUUGAAUGUCAGUAAAGAAUUUGAUUUUGAUAUUAAAACAGUCAGCCCCCCCCCCCCCCAUUAUGUAUGAAGGACUUUGUUGAAGGAGUGUUUUUAACAAACCUUGAGGUAUUGUUAAUAUUUUUUGCUGCUACUGUGUUAACUGCUGAAGUUGAAAUGACCAACAGUUAAACAGUUGGUCAAAAUAUUUAUAUUUGAUGAAAAUUAUAAAUGUUUAAGGAAUUGCCAAGCUUUUUUCUUUCAGUUCUUUAUUUUUGGUUUGUAUAAUGCACCAUAAUAUAUGUAUGUACAACAGCAGAGUGCCAGCAAUGUAUCUUUAUUUUUAUUUUUUUUAAUUUUUUUUCUCUCUCUUUCUAGUUUGCAGUUCCAGAUUUAAGACCCACAUUCCAAAAAAAUAGAUACUAAAAUGUAUUCUAUUAAGUCCGCACAAAACUAGUUAAUUUUAAAGGCUGGACUUUUUUUUUUUUUUUUUUUUUUUCAAUUUACAUUUUUGCUCUUUGUAUACAGAUGAACAAAAGUGGUUAUGGCAUGGAUAUUUAGCAUAAAAAUAUUUUUUUUUAUUUUUUUUAUUUUUAUCUUUUGUUAUCCCUUUGGAUCCUCCCAUAAAAUGUUUGACCCUGCUUAUUUUCAAAUAAAAUAAAAGCAUUCAAGCUAAGGGACACAGGAAUAAAUUAUGCUGUAUAAAUGAUCAUAGCCCAUUUCAUCUUUGUCAAAUAAAAUAAUCAAUCUACUGUAUGUCUGCACUUAAUUAUGUAUAAUUUGUGCAUGUAAGUCCUUUGUGUGCAUAAAUGGAAAUAGAUUUUUGUUUUUGGUGCAGCUUGAUGCUCCCUUUUUACAAUCACAGACAAACUCCCAUUAGAAUAAUGAUGGACCUGUAAGUCUAUACAAUAUUUAAUAACAAAAAAAAAAAAAAACAGUUUUAGGACAAAACUACUUAAAGGGUUAAUUCACACAAAAAUUUAAAUUCAUCAUUUACUCACCCUCAUGCCAUUUAAUAUGUGUAUGACUUUUUUCUUUUUAGAAGAGUAUCUUAGCUCUGUGGGUCCAUACAAUGCAAGUGAAUGGUGGUCAGGCCUUUAAAGCUCCAAAAAGCAGAUGAAGUCUGCAUAAACAUAAUCCAUAUGACUCCAUUGGUUUAAUCAAUGUCUUCUGAAGUGAUCCAAUUGGUUUUGGGUGAGAAAUGACCAAAAUGUAACUCAUUUUUCACUAUAAAUCUUGACAUCAGCAGUAUCCUUGGCUAUUGUGGUUUCAAGCUCAAUUACAUUUCCUGGAGCGCUAUCUAGUGCUCUGGGUAUGCAUCAACCUCUAGGAAGUAUAUUCGAGUUUGAAAUCAUGAUUGUGCAUAGAGACCACAAUGACAAGAUGCACAGUAUAUUUGGUCUAUUCUCACCCUCUUGGAUCGCUUCAGAAAACAUUGUUUAAACCACUGGAGUCUGAUGGAUUAUGUUUAUGCUGACUUUAUGUCCUUUUUGGAGCUUCAAAAGGCUGAUCACCAUUAACUUAAAUUGUAUGGACCUACAGAGCUGAGAUAUUCUUCUAAAAUUCUUCGUUUGUGUUCAGCAGAAGAAAGAAAGUCACACACAUCUGGGGUGACAUGAGGGUGAGUAAAUGAUUUUUGGGUGAACUAUCCCUAUCAAUGCUUCAGACGUUUAACUAUUUUAUUAUGUCAAAAAUCUGUAAUGAUUUUGAUGUCAACAAAACAUUAAAACUGGAAAAAUUUA